AUGUUGCACGAACGCCCUUCAGGCAAGAGAUCUGCUCUUACUUUGCGUCCAGGGUACGUGCUAACGUUCUUCAUACUCUGCCUUGCCGCUUACUAUUUCGUUGUACCAGGCACUUUGCCGGUGGACAAGAGAUCAUCUAGGGGGGCACUGGAUCAAAAAUCUAAGAACACAUUCAAACUAAAAUCUAUUUACAGGCAUGGGGUUGGAGACGAUUACCGCUUGCACCAGAGGCUAGAAGUGACUCCACAACUGAUCGCCGAGGCUGGAACAAUAUAUCAAGAAGCUGCCGCUCAAAUACAGGAUGACGAAGAUCAAGAACCCCUAUGGAUCAACAGUGCUGACUAUGCUACUACCAAUCCAUUUGACUUUAGGUUUCAGCUGCGGAAGAUGCCACUAACAUUGAAGCGCAUGAAGCGAAGAGAUCCUGAUUUUAUGGAGGCAUAUAUAACCGGAGAGACAUACAUGGCAGAGGACGAGACAUACGCCAUGUGGAUAAAUGAUGAUGUCGUGGCGCCUAAUGUCACCGAUAGGGAUACAGUAGUUUCAUUGGCGUUGAUGUCGUCUAAUGCAUACGUAAGAAUACCGCAAACGGGGGACUGGCGUAAUGUCACAGGACCAUGGAAUGAAACGGAGCCGGAAGAUUUUGGCUGGGACGGUGAUGGCAUUCGUGGCCAUGUUUUUUACAAUGAAUUAGAGAACAUCGUGGUGCUGUCGAUAAAGGGGACUAGCGCGCAGGGUCUACCGGGAUCUGGUGAAGAUGAAACCACGGGCAACGACAAGGUCAACGACAACCUGCUAUUUUCGUGUUGUUGUGCAAGAGUGAGCUACCUAUGGACAACCGUGUGCGAUUGCUAUGUGAAGUCGUACACGUGCGAUGAGUCCUGUCUAGAGAAGGAGCUAAGACGCAAGGAUAGAUUCUACUCCGCGAUCAUUGACAUUUAUAAGGGCGUCCUGGAAGAAUAUCCUGACGCGGCCAUAUGGGUCACAGGUCACUCGCUGGGUGGCGCAUUGGCCAGUCUGUUGGGCCGCACGUUUGGACUACCAGCGGUCGCAUUCGAGUCUCCGGGCGAGUUACUAGCUUCCAGGAGGCUACAUCUGCCAUUCCCCCCAGGACUACCCUCAUACAUGGAGGGCAUAUGGCACUUCGGGCACAACGCAGACCCGAUCUUCAUGGGCACAUGCAACGGAGCCAGCUCCAGUUGCUCACUGGUGGGCUACGCCAUGGAAACCGCAUGCCACACGGGUAGAGUCUGUGUCUACGACGUGGUCAACGACAAAGGUUGGAGCGUCAACAUGUUCAACCACAGAAUUCACAAGGUCAUCGACGAAGUUCUGCUUGGCUACGAGCAAGCUGCCAGAUGCGUGGAGCCAGAACCCUGCGUAGACUGCUACAACUGGAACUUUGUUCCUAGCAGAAACUGGGAUUCCUCAUCGAGGCUUGUUACUAAGACUAGAAGCCACGUUACACCAACCAGAACCACCCGCAUCACCGCCACCACCACCUCUUCAUCCACUUGUGUAGGUCGCAAUUGGCUUGGCUUUUGCACCAAGUACGAAUUGUAA